AUGUUUGUCGAAUUAAUAUAUGGACUUCUAUCUAAUAGUUUAAGCUUAAUAUCAGAUUCUGCACAUAUGCUUUUUGAUUCAAGUGCUUUAGCAAUAGGAUUAUAUGCAAGCUUUAUGUCAAAACUGAAAUCUUCAAGUUUAUAUUCAUUUGGAUUUUAAAGAAUAUCCGUUUUAUCUGGAUUUAUUAACGGACUUUUUUUAGUUUUUGUUGCUUUCGAUAUCCUUACAGAAUCUGUAGAAAGAAUGUAUGCUCCUUAAGUUGUUCUUUCUGAAUAAAUGAUGGUUGUUUCUACUCUUGGGCUUAUUAUUAAUAUAGUUGGGCUUUGCUGUUUCCAUGAACAUGCUCAUGCACAUUCUGAAGAUGAAGACGGAGGAGGAUGUUCUCAUAGCCAUCAUCAUCACAAUGAUUAUAAAUAAAAUAGUCAUGAAAAAUUAUGUGAUCCAAAAAAUCAUCAUCAUGAUCAUGUCCAUGAAGAUGAACAUCAUCAUUAUGAAAACGAUUGUAAACAUGACGAUCAUGCUAUUCACCAUCAUGAAAAUCAUACUGAUCACCAUCAUGAAAAUCAUGAUGAUAAUGAGCAUCAUCACCAUAAAAAAUAGCAUGACCACGAUAAAGAAAAUGGGGGGCAUAACCAUCAUCAUCAUGAUGAUAACUUAACAGGUGUAUUUUUACAUAUUUUGGCUGAUGCUUUAGGAAGUGUGGGUGUUAUAAUUUCAUCAUUACUUAUACAUUUUUAUGGUUGGUACGUAGCUGAUCCUAUUACUUCUUUUAUUAUAUCUUUUUUCAUUUUCUUAAGUGUUUUCCCUUUGCUUAAAUCUUCACUAAGUAUUAUUUUACAAAGCUAUAAUUCGAAUAAAUAUAACAAAGACUUAGAUUAUAUAAUUUAAAAAGUAAAAUUAUUUAUUUUUGAUAAAUUUAUUAAUAAUAAAAUAAAAGCUUAAUUCACAUAAAAAUAUCGAAAACUUCCAAGAAUUUCAUUUAUGGGCUUAUACUUCAAAAUAAUUGAUCUUUUCAGUUAAAAUUAUGAUAAAAUAAGAAAAAAAAAGAUUUAAAGUUCUCAAAUAUGUAAAGUAACUUAUAAAAUAGUUUCCUAAUAUUAAAUAUUAUACGAUUGA